AGCUGCAUAUUUAUCAUUGCUUAAGAUUUGCUCUAUUCAUUUCUCAAGCGGCAGCAUUUCCUUUCUCCUCUGUUUUCCCUGUCCUAUCUCGGGGUUAUUGACUCAAUUCUUCCCAUGCCCGCUUUAACUUGAAGUUUGAUCUGAGUUGAAUCAGUAUUUCUUCUUCUUGUUUUCUGUGCUUCGAUCUUGUCUUUUAUGCAUGAUUUCAGUUUUAACUUGUUGGAUUUUUUCAACAUGAGUAACACAUUGAGGCUAAGGGUUAAGGUCAUGUUUUACUUGGUUUAUGAUCGAGGUUAGCUAUUUCAAGCAUUCUUUUUCAUCUGUCGGUCUUUUCAUGUUCAUAAUUUCUUGAUUCAAGGUAGGUGUUGCGUGUGGCUUUUGAACCCAACAUCUCUUUUGUUAUCUUCUUGGUGUGUUUGUGUUUAAGAUAGAUAUAAUAUAUUGAGCAAUAUUUCAUAUACAAGCGAGAAAAGCUUCCUCCGUACAUGGGGAAAGGCAAAAAGGGCAACCUGAUAAUCAAGACUUGGGAGCGAUGCAAAUCCAUUGGCCGUGGCCGCUCAAGACACGCCCCAGCUAUUUAUAAAAAGAGCAAAUCAUGGCCAUCAAUUGAUGUUUCUCUGGAAGAAGAGAAACGCACAAGGAAGAAUCGAGUGGCUCCGGAAGGUUGCUUCACGGUGUAUGUUGGACCCCAGAAACAAAGGUUCGUGAUCAAAACCGAAUACGCAAAUCAUCCGCUUUUCAAGAUUCUACUCGAGGAAGCCGAGUCUGAAUACGGAUUCACCAGCGAAGGACCCCUUAUGCUCCCCUGCAACGUUGAUCUCUUUUGCAAGGUGUUACUGGCCAUGGACGAUGGCGACAAUACCAUCCGCCAAGGAUGCGGUUUCGCCAAUGGUUAUGGUUCCUAUCGCCUCCUCACCCCACCUUGGAUGAUGGCGACAAAUCAGAUCUAAUUACUAUCUCUGUCUCUCUAUGUGUCUGUCUGUGUAUGUAUGUCUUUAUUAAUUUUGGGUCAAUCUUCCGUUUCGAGUACUGCACUAUGAGUGUUUCAGAAGUAAUAACAAGUUCCAUCAUGUUAAAAAGUAA